UUCACCUGGAACAGUGGCUCAGUGGAUAAAUUGUUAUCGUUCAAGAUACUGAGUCAAGCUCGGCUGAGGAGGGUUAGCACUUGGAUGGGUGACCUAAACGUGAUACCUACUUACGCUUUUGCUCCUUUUUUUUCGUUUUUCUUUUUUGAAUAGGAGAGGACGAAGAAAAAGAAACCUACAACUACAAAAGCAGGACAUUGACAUUUUACUUUUUUUCAGUUAGACUUAUAUAUACUAUAAAGCUACAUGACAUCAUUACAUCCGGGUGUCUACAUACCCAGGUGACGGGCAGUGAUCGAUGUCUAUAACUACGUGUCCGCUGGCCAGAGUUUGGUUAAAAAUGCCUGAUUGUUGCUCAGUUUAUGGCUGUACAAAUCGCUCAAACAGAGAAAAAGACAAGAGAUAUUUUAGAGUACCCAAGAUUAUUCUACACAAGGGCGAAAGGAGUCUUGAAAUUUCUAAAAAACGUCGUGAAAAAUGGAUCGAAAAUCUGUCAAUACUAGCAAAGAAGAUUGAGUCUCCCCAUGCUCGAGUUUGCAGCGAUCACUUUGCAAAAGGACGUCCAAGCAGCUUGUAUGAUAUAGAAGAUGUUGAUUGGGCUCCCACAUUAAACCUUGGCUAUCACGAAGUAAAACUGAAAAGAAAUUUGUACUUAAAGAGACUGGAGACUUCGAAAUUUUACGAGUCAAAGCGCCGUAGCCUAGAAAGUAUUGUUCGCAGGCUAAAGAGACGGCAUGUAUAUACUACAACAGCUGAUAAACAACCCGAAACAUCGCAAGAACUAAAAGAAGAAAACAAUAAAACCAUGACAACAAAAUACCCAUCCAUGCCAGACUCAAUAUAUUUACACGUUUCAACACUUAAUUUAAACUUUUGAUUAAUUAGCAUCCUUGAUGAAGAAUCAAAAGCAAUAGUAUGUCAUAUGACUAUGCAAGGUUUGACCAUGAGCCUUUUUCACGCGGCAGCCAUGUUGGUUUGAAUAAUAGAUUCCUCCACGCGCAGCCUCCCAUUGAAGUGCUUUAAAAAAAGUUAUGAAAGUUAAACAUCGAUUUUUAUUCUCAUUAGUAAUAAACAUGGCCACCGUGCGAUAAAGGUCAUAAUCAAGGCUUGUCGAUGGCCUUGCACUUGGUUAUUACCUCUGAGGUUCAAUUCCCAGCUGCCCCAUGUGAGCUGAGAGGUGUUGGUUUUCCUUCUGAUUUCAAAGUUUUUUUCAGCUUUUGUUUUUGUCUUCUUCCUUUUAAACUGGCCCUAACUAAUUCAAACUGAUUAGAGCUGGGUUCAUGCCUUGCUGUAUUGUUUUCAGCUCAAUCCUUUUGAGAUGUGCCUCUGACAUACUUGGGGUGGUUUUUUUCCCAGCAUGGUGGAAAGACUUAGUUUGGACAUUCCCAUGAUUUUAUUCUACUUCAGGGAGAUGCAUAAAUAUCAUGUUUAACAUUUAUUUAAUAUCAGAUUGGUCAAACCUUUUUACAAAAUAUGAGAGCAUUAAGUGAGAAUCUAUAUCUCAAAUAUCAUGUAUUGUUACUAUAGUAUAAGUCAAUGCACAUGCAUACUUCAAGAACUGUGGGGACUGAGGGAGCUAAGGCUUGAAAAUAUAAGAGAUUGGUAUGCAAAAUGGAAAACUAGACAGGCUAUAGUCACCCUGGCCCCUCCCUCCAUGCAGUCCCUGUCUUUACGUUGUCAACAACAGUCGCAAACCACAAUAACCUACAGUUAUUAUUAUGUCUCUAUUAUAUCUGUAUUAUUUAUUAACUCAUGUGAGAUAUUAUGAUAAAUAAAUGAAUAAAUAUUUCUUCUCAGUGA